AGCAAAUGAUCAAUAAAAAAAAAACACUGAAAUAUGUUAUUCUAGCCAAACAACUCAAACUAAACUGUACUAAAACUAAACUAACUUCUAAGCAACAUCAUCGCAUAAAUGAUAUUUUAAACCCAAGUCUCAACAGUAUCAGUGUUUUUUUUUUUCAAUUCUCCUGAAGACGAUUUGGUUUCUAAACAGAUGCCCUAAAUGUUGCUCUUGCCAGUGGAGUUGGAGCCAUAAUGAUGAAAUCAAUAAUAUUACUAUGUUCAAAACCAAUUAUUUACAUGUUUUGAUGACAUUUUGAUUCAUUUUUAAAAGAACAAUGCCAGUGGUUCUUGCAUGGGGAAAGGAGAAUUCUGGAGCACUUGGACUAGGUGGCUCCGAAAGAAAUACAGUAUUAACUCCAAGCCAAAUUCCUUCAUUAGAUGGGAAGGAAAUAAGGAGUAUAAGCAGUGGAGUAGGACAUACACUAGUGUGUUUGAAAGAUGGUCAAGUUCUUAGCUGUGGUUCUAAUGACUUCAGACAAUGUGGGCGAGAUACAAACCUUAACAAAUUAGGUGAAGUUGGAGAAGGUCUACAGCCCCAUCAUGUGAUUCAAGUGGCUGCUGGAGCCUCACAUAGUGUUGUACUCACUCAAGCUCAUGAAGUUCUUACAUGGGGUAAAAAUACUGAGGGUCAGUUGGGAAGGGGAGAUGUGGAAGAAAGUUCUAGAGGAACACCUAAGUUGGUAAAAUCUCUUGCUGUUUGCUGUGUGCUCCAAGUUGCAUGUGGAUAUGACCACACUAUUGUGUUAACUAAUGAGGGCUGUGUUGGUACAUGGGGCUCUAAUGCCUAUGGACAACUUGGUCUGGGGCCAAACAAAAGUCCCUGGAUCAAUAUACCUAAUUUUAUCACCUGUUUGAAAGGAUUACCUAUUGCCCAAGUUGCUGCAGGCGGCAAUCAUUCUCUGAUCCUUUCAAAGUCUGGUGCAGUCUAUGGAUGGGGCAGGAACAGUUUUGGUCAGCUGGGAUUAAAUGACACAUCAGAUUGCUAUUUGCCCAACCAAUGUAGACCAUUGCGUAGUCAAAGAAUAAAAUAUAUUUGUUGUGGUGAAAAUCAUACUGCUUGUCUUACAGUGGAUGGUAGAGUGUUUACUUAUGGGGCAGGUACAUAUGGUCAACUUGGCCAUGGUAGUUACAACAAUGAGAUCUUACCUAGGCAGGUGAUAGAGUUGUCAGGAAGUGAGGUGUCUCAGAUUGCUUGUGGAAGAAGUCAUACCAUGGCCUUUGUUCCCAAAUCUGGACGUCUGUACACUUUUGGACUUGGUGGAAGUGGACAACUUGGGCUUUCAACUACAGAAAAUAAAAACACUCCAGUCUUUAUAUCAGGACCUUUUGUCUCAGGAACUGCACAGCACACAUCCAUGCAGGUAGACAAUCAAGGUCCAGAUGUGAAAGUGAAGAGUAUUCAUGCAGGUGGAGAUCACAGUUUUGUGAUAGCUGAAGAUGUUGAUCUGUGUCAGCCAGAUGAUUAUAGAGUAGAAGAUCCCACAAGGCAAAUACUAACUUUAUCUCAGGGUAGAAUUGAGAUGCUUCGUCCUCUGCAGAAGAAUGACACCCCAUCAGUUGAAAUAGCUGAUGAGAUGACAAAAAUUUUCUCUAAUUCUUCAUGUAUCAAUGGCUCAUUUCUCUUACCAAAUGACGAGCACUGCAACACAACCAGUAAAAAACAUGGUGUAGACAUGAAUGCUGUCAGAACAUUUUUUCAAGACUUAGCCAAAAUUUCCAAUGUUGAAAUUAUACAAAAAAUAUCUCUAGCAAUAGAACAAAGUUUGUACCCAUCUUUACCUCAGUCACCACCUGAUGUAGAAGCCCUGCGUAUCUACCUUAUAUUACACGAGUUUCAUUUGUUUGAUCAGCCCAAGUUGUACAGUUCAAUCAUUUGUCCAUUCGCCAAGUCUCUUCUGUCCCUCAGCAAAGUAGCCUUAAAUGUAUUUAAUUCAUGGUGGCAGAUUAACCAACCGUCUUUCUUUAAUAGAUUAAUUGUGAUUUACAAAAGUUGUAUAGAAUUUUUAUUACAGUUACCUGACACCACAAAUCAUUUGGAAGUUAGCAAAAGGCAGGAAGGGCUUUUUAUAUCAAUGGAAAUGUUAAGAAAACUAAAUGAAGUGAAUGAAGCUCACAAUCAGAUCAUCCCAUAUCACAAAUUUUAUGUCCCUGAAUUAAAAGAUAGAGUGAAUAUACGAGAUGACUACAUCAGCUGGGUACAGAGAACCAAUCGCCUAAGCCAGGUGGGCGGUGUGACCAUACAGACAGGGUUGUAUUUCUGCAAUUAUCCAUUUUUGUUUGAUGGUGCUGCUAAAAGUGUAUUACUUCAAACUGAUGCUGCUCUACAAAUGCAGAAUGCCAUUGAGAGUGCUCAUAGAAUCAACUUAAUUAGUUGUUUUACACCUAUGCAAAUAUUUGACCCUGUGAACCCAUGUCUUAUACUUAAAGUGAGUCGGAACACAAUAGUUCAAGACACACUAAAUGAGCUGCAUUCCAAACAUAGUGCAGAUCUGAAGAAACCUCUGAAGGUCAUUUUUCUAGGAGAGGAAGCUGUGGAUGAAGGAGGCGUGAGAAAAGAAUUUUUUAUGUUACUUUUACGUGAAGUAUUGGAUCCUAAGUAUGGGAUGUUCAAACUUCAUGAGGAAUCGAAUCUUCAGUGGUUUAAUCCUUCGACAUUUGAAGAUCCUAAUAUGUUUCACAUGAUUGGAAUUUUAUGCGGACUAGCUAUCUAUAAUUUUACUAUCAUCAAUCUUCAGUUUCCAUUAGCAUUAUAUAAAAAGUUAUUAAAAAAGCCAGUGACAGUAGAUGAUGUCAAAGAGUUAGAUCCAGGUGUAGGAAAAGGCCUACAAGAUCUACUUGAUUAUGAUGGAGAUGAUUUUGAGGCUGUAUUUAAUUUAUCUUUUGAGAUUAUGCAAGAACAGUUUGGUGAAAUCAAGUCAGUAGAAUUAUGUACAGAUGGUAAAAACAAGCUUGUCAAUCAGACAAACAAGCAUGAGUACAUCAACCUAUAUGUUGACUAUUUGUUGAAUAAGUCAGUAGAAGUUCAGUUCAAAGCUUUUAGUGAAGGAUUUCAUAGUGUGUGUGGUGGCAAUGUCUUGGAUUUAUUUCACCCUCAAGAACUCCAGGCCAUGGUAGUUGGGAAUGAAGAUUAUGACUUCACUGAAUUUGAAAAGAAUACAGAUUACAAAAAUGAUUAUCAUAAAUAUCAUCCAACCAUCAAAAUGUUUUGGGAAGUUUUUCAUGAGAUGAGCUUAGAAGACAAAAAAAAAUUUUUGUUGUUUUUAACAGGCAGUGAUCGUAUUCCAGUAUUUGGCAUGAAAAAUGUCAAGAUGACCAUUCAGCCUGCAGGUGGCGGAGAGAAAUUUUUGCCAGUAGCUCAUACCUGUUUCAAUCUGUUAGAUCUACCACGCUACACUGUCAAGUCCACUUUGAGAGAAAAGCUUCUUUUGGCCAUCCAACAGACAGAAGGUUUUGGUUUAGUGUAAUUGUAAUUACAGUUGAUAUGACUUCCUGAACUAAGAAAUGAAAGGAAUGUUUCUUUCUGUGCUAAAGACAUAACUUGUACUCCCCAUGUAAUAUUGCUAGAUGAUAAUAUUUUAAGAACUGUAUUUCAAUCAUUUACUUAUCAGCCCAGGUUUUGGUUUCUUCCAUCCUGAACCUGAACCUAAUAGUCCCAUUAAACAUGUGCUGGACUAAAUCCAUGGCUUUAUUUCACAUUCACUUGUUUAAUUGUUUGUAUUCUUUUUAGUUUCACUUUUUGUUUUCUACACUGGUUUCAUUUUUUGUGUGGCUUUUAAAACAAAAAUAGAAGAUAGGUUUUUUUUUUAACUUCAAUAUUUAGUAGGAAAAAUAAAAGCUUACAAUUUGUUGUAUCCAGGUGAUUCUCUUCUAGAAAUAAUAUUGUGCUCUUAUUUAUUAAAAACGAAAGAAUCAGAUUUCAAACAUAUCUAAAAUGGGUAGCUCAGAAUCCUGUUUUUGGAUUGUUUUCACAACUUGUAAACACUGCAGAUUAAUAACAACUUUCAAAACCUUCACCAAUGUUUAGAAAUGUUCAGUUUCUAUGUUUGGCUUCAUCUGUUAUGAAGAUAAGAUCUGAUGAUAUUCAAAGGCCACAGAAAGGAAUGAAUUUUACUUCAGAUCUUUUAAAAAAAUAAAUGUGCUUACUGAUGCUGACAAUAUUUAGACAUGCUUCUUUGUCUUGACAAUGUCAAAAGCAAAUGUUCUCUAAUUAGACAAAAAGAUGAGAUCAAGAAAUUUUAUUUUAGAUCAUUUAUUUUCUUUCCCACUUAUUGAUAAAUAGAAAUGAAAAACAGUAGUUGUUUUAUACAUUGGACUCACCUUUUCAAGUCUUUUCAUGUUUUUCUUGUGUGUUUUAUUUGUAAUUGAAACAUUCAGCCAUGUUUUCUAAGAGCCAACUGGAAUAUAGAUUUACCAUUAGGUUUGUUUGGAUGGUCAUCACAAAAUAGUAUAGGAUUUGUGUGUCUGCAGCUCAAGGGAAAUAUCAUUUCCCUAUUUGUAUAAUGCAAUAAGUAUUAAUUAUGUAGGGCCUUGUAGAUCUCUUAUUGAUUUUUCUUUUACAUUUAUUUUUAAAGCUUAGAUUUAUUUUUUUUUAUUAACCAACUGGCAAUUAUUUGUCGUUUCUUAUUUGAAGCAAUAGAUCCACCUAUUUCCCCUUGUGAAAUAUUUGAAGGAUGUUUUAAUACAAGUUAUACAGAUGUAUACAAAGAUAUAUAUAUAUAAAGUGGAUUUCUUUAGACAUGCUUUUAUUCUAACAUUCAUAUAGACUGAUGUUUUAUUAUGAUGAUUUCUUUGUGCUAUGGUAUUAUAUUGUGUUUUGAAAAUAUAUCAGGACAAACUAA